AGGAGGCGGGCCGGCCUUCAGCGGCAGCAGCAGUACACAGAGGUGCGGCGGACUGCGGAGUGACGGAGCGUUCUCCUUUAUGAUUAAAACUCUCAACGUGGACGAAGACACGCACGGAUCUAGAGAACCGUAUCUCAAGCACGGUCCGUCAUGGAGUCCUAUGACAUUUUAGCUAACCAGCCGGUUGUGAUUGAUAAUGGUUCAGGGGUUAUCAAGGCCGGUUUUGCAGGUGACCAGAUCCCCAAAUACUGUUUUCCUAACUAUGUGGGGCGUCCCAAGCAUGUGCGCGUCAUGGCAGGAGCCCUGGAGGGAGACCUCUUCAUCGGACCCAAGGCAGAGGAACACAGGGGCCUGUUGUCGGUGCGGUAUCCGAUGGAGCACGGGAUUGUGAAGGACUGGAACGACAUGGAAAGGAUCUGGCAGUACGUUUAUUCCAAGGAGCAGCUGCAGACUUUCUCUGAGGAGCAUCCUGUGCUGUUGACCGAGGCUCCUCUCAACCCUAGCAAGAACAGGGAGAAGGCUGCUGAGGUUUUCUUUGAGACCUUUAACGUUCCUGCUCUCUUCAUCUCCAUGCAGGCUGUGCUCAGCUUAUACGCCACAGGCCGUACCACCGGUGUUGUGUUGGACUCAGGGGACGGUGUGACCCACGUUGUGCCCAUCUACGAGGGCUUCGCCAUCCCGCACUCCAUCAUGCGUGUGGACAUCGCUGGAAGAGAUGUCUCUCGGUAUCUCCGCCUGCUGCUGCGCAAGGAAGGCUACAACUUUAACACCUCCGCAGAAUUUGAGGUUGUUCGUACCAUCAAAGAGAGAGCCUGUUAUCUCUCUCUCAACCCACAAAAGGAUGAGACUUUAGAAACAGAGAAGGCUCAGUACGUCCUCCCUGAUGGAAGCACUUUAAAUAUUGGUCCGGCCAGGUUCCGUGCUCCAGAGCUUCUCUUCAGACCCGACCUGAUAGGGGACGAGAGCUCAGGGAUCCACGAGGUGCUGGCCUACGCUAUCCAGAAGUCUGACAUGGACCUCCGACGCACACUAUUCUCCACCAUAGUGUUGUGUGGGGGAUCAACACUGAUCAAAGGUUUUGGGGAAAGACUACUCACUGAGGUCAAGAAGCUUGCACCCAAAGACGUAAAGAUCAAGAUCUCUGCUCCUCAAGAAAGGCUCUACUCCACAUGGAUUGGCGGCUCUAUCCUGGCAUCACUGGACACCUUUAAAAAGAUGUGGGUGUCGAAGCGGGAAUAUGAAGAAGACCGAGCACGUGCCAUCCACAGGAAGACAUUCUAGGAGGGGUCCUGCGAAAGUCCCCAGAACUGCCCUCAAACCCUCUCCAUCAUACUGUCGGAGACGCCCAUGUCCCUGCACCUGCCAUCCUCUUCUAACCCCCCCCCCCCCACAUAAACACACAUUUAUGUGUGGCCAUUUCAAUAUUUACCUCCUUUUUCAUUCCCCUCCUGUUCUCCCUGUUCUGCCUGCUGUUGGGUGACGGUGACCGCACCCAUCACCUCUCCGCCAAGCAUCCCAAACAUUCACAGUCAGAGGGCCGCCGGGCGACAAUUAGCACUGUGGACUCUGCAGGCCUGCAAUUCUAUCAUUUAGUCCACGAUGAAGUAUUGGUGUUGCUCUCUCGCCUUCAAGGCCCUGCAAGGUGUAGACUAUUCUGACAUGUCAAUAAACAUGAAUGUUGUUUUUUUUUUUUUUUUUGCUACUGUUGAAAUUUUCAUUCCAAACCGAAGACUUACAUUUUUUUGAUGUCCCUUUUUCUUUCUUCUUGUUUUUAACUUCCUGAAACAGAGCUAAUGUCUGAAGGACGACAGCAGCAUGUCGUGCUAGUGCGGUAAAGGAAACCACUGUAUUAUUUAUCUGGCCUAAACUGAACAGUUCCUAUCUUAAAGUUAAUGCGGUUAAUUUAUCAUGAUCCAACUGACUGACCUGAAGUCAGCUGAUAUUGUCUUCUUCGUCUUUAUUACCAAUGAAAUGUUUCCACAUAAACAAGUUUGUGUCGAUUAAGAAAAUGUUUGGUGCGGUCGUUUUGUCAGCUUUUUGUCUCAACUUUUGGAUUAAAUCAAAAGCUAGGAAAUA